UUGUAAUCACUAUUUAGCACUUACAAAAUAGUCAUUUUGUAGAAAAACUAUCUGGAAAAUAAUUUGUAGUAAAUGGCUUUUAGAGCAGCUACUGUGUUUUCACAAACAGUAGUUUGUUGUUUGUGUCUGUUUGUUGCAUUGGCCGUCUCACAGAUCCACCAUAUUGGGUCAGGCGAGGAGCCAACGAAUCCGCCAUGUAUAUUCACGCUGGUAGAAAGCAUCCCAGAGAACAUGACGUACUCCGCCAACGACAGACGGCUCAUGUCCACAUAUGACGCCCACAUGAGGCUACUGGACAGGGCCAACAGUAGCAUCCAUCUUGCAUCUUUCUACUGGACUCUGAGGGGCUCGGAUACGGAAGUCCACGACUACAGCUCUGUUCAGGGGGAAGACAUUUUCCAAAAACUGUCGGACAUUGUGAAAGGUGGCGAGAUGGACGUGAACAUUGUACAGAACAGUACCAGCAACGAGACAGACGAACUGGCUGCCAGCGGGGCACGUGUCAGAACAAUAAACUUUCCUAAACUUCUAAACGCGGGAGUGCUGCAUACGAAAAUGUGGAUCGUCGAUGACCAACAUGCCUACAUCGGUAGCGCCAACUUUGAUUGGCGCUCCUACACACAAGUGAAAGAGAUCGGCAUCCUGAUUGAAAACUGCCCAACAUUAGUUAAAGAUGCGAAAAAUAUUUUUGAUAUAUAUUGGUACCUGAGUAACGAAACAAUACCAACAGUUCCUGCUCAACUGCCUGACGAUUUGACUCCUGAAACCACCUACCAGUCUCCCAUGCCACUUGUCUACUACAAUGAGACCCAAGGACGAGUGGCAUUAUCAAGUUCCCCUCCACCAUUUUGUCCAAGCGGUCGCCUGCAGGAUAUUGACGCCAUCAUUCAUGUGAUCCAGGCAGCCAAUAAAUUUAUCUACAUCUCAGUUAUGGAUUACCUGCCCUUGGUCAUUUAUACAAGACCAGAACAGUUUUGGCCGGUGAUUGACAACGAGCUGAGGAAAGCGGCCUACGAGCGUCAUGUCUCUGUGUACCUGAUGGCCAGCAAAUGGCCCCACACCAAAGUGGACAUGUACGCCUUUCUCAUGUCACUCUACGACUUGAAGAGGGCUAAAGUUCACAGAAUAGACAUCCAGGUGAAAUUGUUUACUGUACCCUCCACCCCUGAACAGAAACAAAUCCCAUUUGCACGCGUCAACCACAACAAAUUCAUGGUCACUGAAAACCAUGCCUACAUAGGUACUUCCAACUGGUCCGGAGACUACUUCGUCAACACAGGAGGCGUCGGCUUCACUCUGGAGGAACCAGACGAUGGGGUCUUGGAUGGCAGCAACGUCAGGGAACAGCUGGUGGAUGUUUUUCUCAGGGACUGGAACUCCACUUACACAGAAUAUGUGUAUUGAGUCAGAAGCAGAACCCUAUAAACUUAACACUAUUUCAUAAGCUAAAUCUAUAUGCACACGGCAAUUAAGUUUAUAAAAUAAAAAAGCUUAAUUUAUGAACCUAUAUUUAUUAAGUCACAAGCAGAACCCUAAGAACUUAACACUAUUUCAUAAGCUAAAUCUAUAGUCACACUGCAAUUUAGUUUAUAAGAUAAAAAAUAUUAAUUUAUGAACCUAUAUUUAUUAAAUCACAAGCAUAAUUAAAGAACAGACAAUAUUUAGGUGUACAUGGAGUGUUUAUAUAUAAAGUUAACUACUAAUAUCUUGAGUCAGUGGCAUCAGUAUGCACAAGAAAUAAAAAUCUAAAAAUAUUGAAUGUAUUCUACU